CACCAUGAACUCCAGUGAAUUCCGAAGGAGAGGGAAGGAGAUGGUGGAUUUUGUGGCUGACUACUUGGAAGGCAUCGAGGGGCGCCAGGUGUACCCCGAUGUGGAGCCCGGCUACCUGCGGCCCCUGAUCCCCACCACUGCCCCCGAGGAGCCAGACACAUUUGAGGACAUCCUCAAUGAUGUUGAGAAGAUAAUCAUGCCGGGGGUGACCCACUGGCACAACCCCUACUUCUUCGCGUACUUCCCCACGGCCAACUCGUACCCAGCCCUGCUUGCAGACAUACUGUGUGGGGCCAUCGGCUGCAUCGGCUUCUCCUGGGCCGCGAGUCCGGCGUGCACAGAGCUGGAGACCGUGAUGAUGGACUGGCUGGGGAAGAUGCUGAAGCUGCCAGAGGCAUUUUUGGCGGGUCAAGUGGGAGAAGGGGGCGGAGUGAUCCAGGGAAGUGCCAGUGAGGCCACUCUGGUGGCCUUGCUGGCCGCUCGGACCAAGGUGGUGCGCCGCCUCCAGGCCGCCUCCCCGGGGCUGACGCAGGGCGCCGUCAUGGAAAAGCUAGUGGCCUACUCAUCGGAUCAGGCACACUCCUCGGUGGAAAGAGCCGGAUUAAUUGGAGGAGUGAAAAUAAAAGCCAUCCCUUCAGAUGGCAAGUUUGCCAUGCGUGCUUCUGCCCUGCAGGAGGCCCUGGAGAGAGACAAAGCAGAGGGCCUGAUUCCUUUCUUUGUGGUGGCUACGCUGGGGACCACGUCCUGCUGCUCAUUUGACAAUCUCCUAGAAGUGGGUCCUAUCUGCACCAAGGAGGACGUGUGGCUGCACAUCGAUGCUGCUUACGCGGGUAGCUCCUUCAUCUGCCCCGAGUUCCGGCAUCUUCUGAAUGGAGUAGAGUUUGCAGAUUCAUUUAACUUCAAUCCCCACAAAUGGCUGUUGGUGAAUUUUGACUGCUCUGCCAUGUGGGUGAAAAAGAGAACAGACCUGAUAGGAGCCUUUAAACUGGACCCUCUCUACCUGAAGCACGGCCAUCAGGACUCAGGGCUUAUCACUGACUAUAGGCACUGGCAGCUGCCACUGGGCCGGAGAUUUCGCUCUUUGAAGAUGUGGUUUGUUUUUAGGAUGUACGGAGUCAAGGGACUGCAGGCCUACAUCCGCAAGCAUGUCCGGCUGGCUCACGAGUUUGAGCAUUUGGUGCACCAGGAUCCCCGCUUUGAAAUCUGUGCAGAAGUCACUCUGGGGCUGGUCUGUUUUCGGCUAAAGGGUUCCAACAAACUGAACGAAGAUCUUCUGGAAAGAAUCAACAGUGCCAAGAAAAUCCACCUGGUCCCCUGUCACCUCCGAGACAAGUUCGUGCUGCGAUUGGCCAUCUGUGCCCGCACCGUGGAGUCUGCCCAUGUGCGGCAGGCCUGGGAGCACAUCCAACAGCUGGCCACCGACGUGCUGAGAGCCGAGAAGGACUAGAAGGCCCAGCUGCAGGGAAGCUGCUGCAGAGAUCAAAAGUUGAAAAGGAGUAUAUCUGAAAGCUGUGGAAUGAGAAGACAAUAAACUUUAUUCCGGAUCCGAGGACCCAAGCCUGCAUGAGGCCUCACGCUUCUUUCUGUGAAGUUCUCCAGAAGCUUAGUGAUUAUGUCUGCUCACUCUCUUACCAAUGAAGAAACUACUUACUGCAAUCCCGGUGCAUGGAACUUUUAUUCAUUAUUCAACUGUGACUUUUGUUGAUUAAGAAAUCAUAGGUUGUCAUGCUCUUGAAGUCGUCAGUGGUGGGAGAGGCUUACUGAAAUAUUUUCCAGGAUAUUCUAGGAUCGAGGGACUUGAGAUUAUACCCGUGGUCUUUAAAUUGUUCUGUCAUGUGGCUUAAUGCUUAAUAAACAAUUUGAAGUGCA